GUUUGUCAAAUGCAUCACCAUAUCCACCUUAUCUUCAGAUCGCUGCCGGUCCUGCCAUCUCCCGAUCGACCCAAAGUACCCAAAACAGAGCUUCAGCUGCAGCAAAUUCUUAGUGUCGUAUGCAGAGGUUGAGAAUUAUGGCUGCCACCUGCUUGCAGCAGAUUGCUUGCUCAUCUUUGAGCAGCAGCAGAGCUUUGGCAGUGGUGCCUGGAAAGGUUGAGGGGCUCCGCAGUCUGUCAACAUCGUCCUCCGUGCUAGUGAAGCCGUGGUGGCGUCAAAGCGGGGGCUUGCCAUUGAGAACUGUCACUGCAAGGCCGGCUUUCAUCGCCACUCGAGGAAGGUUCAAUGUACAGGCACAGGCUGUGAGCACUACAUCCGAGACUGAGGCAGAGGCUGCACCAGAGGCCACUACCGAUGUGACAGCUAUUGAAGCCGUAAAUGGAGACUAUGCCCCCUCCCAAUUGAAGACGAAGAAGCUCACGAAGCAAGUAAAACAUAUCAUGAACGUGAGUUAUUUUGUCUGGUUCCUCACAUUCCAUCAUUCCUUUCAAACGCGCUUCUAUUUUCACCUGUUAGCUACCAAGUUUGCUUGGUGGCGUAAAGAUUUCUCCAGAAUGUCUGCAUGAAGGACCUCUAGGCUAGCGCAGCAUCUAGAACUUUUUGUCUUUGAAGUUGAAAUGAAAUGAUUCUUUUCCUGUUGACGUUCUCCUGCAGCUUUUGAAUGCUGAAGCUCUUGAGGCCGCAUCGAAGGACAAAGUUAUUCCAGUACUCCGACCUGGAGAUGUCGUGCAGCUUAGAGUUGAGGUGCCCGAGAACAAGAGGCGUGUGUCAUUGCUUCGGGGAAUUGUGAUUGCUAUCCACAAUGCCGGAAUCAACUCUACAUUCAGGAUCCGAAGAGUUUUGGCUGGGGUUGGUGUGGAGAUGAUAUUCCCACUGUACUCUCCAAACAUCAAGGAGAUGAAAGUGGUCGACAAGAGAAGAGCUAGGAGAGCAAAACUUUAUUAUUUGCGCGACAAGAUUGCUAGGCUUUCUUCAUGUUAGGUUAACAAACACGUUGAAACCGACAUAUAAAGUCUGGUUCAGUAGCUAGUCUCCUUAACAGUUUUCAAAAUUCGCUUUUUAUCAGCAUCAAGGUCCCGGCCAAUUUGGCUAUAAUUUUUUUUAAUCAAUGUCAUCCCUUGCCAUUGAGGCCCAGUGCUUGGUCAUGCUAUGAACGGGCUCUUGCAGGGAGUGCCUUCUGGCGACUGAUACAGAUUGAGGAAUGGUUCUGCACAAAUCAAUUCGUAAUGUGGUACAUGAGGCCUAGAUUGAGUAUAGUUGAGAGAGGGACCGUGUGUAUCUAUCACUCUUAUUUUAAGAACCUUGUAAUGAAUGCUUCUGGCAAGCAGUCAGCACACAGAUGUU